AUUUGUAAUGCAUCGGCCUGAUUUCCAAUUUCAAAAGGAUUUGCAUUAAAUGAUAUGUACUUUCAUAUCUUCUUGAGCCAACCAAAGUAUAAAAUAAAAUCUUUAAAGUACAUAGCAUUAAUGCUAGGCAACAAUGAGGUUUGAGUUCGAAUUUUAAUUUAAAAAUAUUGAACAAAAAGGGUGAGAACCAUUGCAAGUCAUCCAGUAUAAAUAAGGUUCUUGGGUCAGCUUAUUUUCCAUCCCACACAGCAUCAUCCAUUCUUGCAACAAAAUUCAAUGGCAGCAAACCAAGGACAGUUCUCAUUUCUCAGGGACUUGGAUCACACCAAGACAACUUGGGCGAUCAAAGUGAAGGUUGUGAGAGCUUAUGAAAUGCCACCUCAGUCCAGGGGAGGACAGAGGAUAGAGUUGGUUUUCAUUGACUCCCAGGGAGACAAAAUUCACGGUUUGAUAAAGAGGCCUCAGCUACGUUUGUUUAGGUCUAAGAUUGCAGAAAACGGGGUUUAUGCAAUUAGGGAUUUCUUGGUGAUGGAUAACUACUACACUUACAAAGCCACAAACCAUGCCUACUUGAUCGAAUUUUAUGGCAAGACUAUAGUUAAGGAUAUUAAUCCUGACAUUGUGCCAAACAGUGUGUUUGAAUUUCAGCCAUUUGAGGUUCUACAAACCUUGAGGGUUGUUGAUGAUAAACAACUAAUUG